AGUGAGCCCAGCCAGGGUGAGCAGCGGGCCCCCUCCCCUCGGCCGCCCUGGGGCAGCUGGGCACAGCGGGAACGCGCAGCGAGAGCGCGCACCGAGGGGCUGCUCGGAGCCUCAGGCCGCGCCUCCGCCUCGGUCUAGCCCAGCCGCUGCAGCGGAGGCGCGCGGCGCCCAGCGUCCCCCGCCCGGCCGGUCUGCGCUAUCCAGGCCUUGCAGGGCCGGCGAACCCAUGGAGCAGCUGCUGCGCACUGAGCUGCGCACCGCGACCCUGCGGGCCUUCGGGAGCCCGGGGGCCGGCUGCAUCAGCGAGGGCCGCGCCUAUGAAACGGACGCUGGUCCGGUGUUUGUCAAGGUCAACCGCAGGACGCAGGCCCGGCAAAUGUUUGAGGGGGAGAUGGCAAGCCUGGAGGCCCUCCGGAGCACCGGCCUGGUGCGGGCACCUCGGCCCUUGAAGGUGUUGGACCUGCCUGCAGGCGGGGCUGUCUUUGUGAUGGAGUACUUGAAGAUGAAGAGCUUGAGCAGUCAGGCAUCAAAGCUUGGAGACCAGAUGGCAGAUUUGCACCUUUACAACCAGAGACUCAGGGAGAAAUCGAAGGCCAUGGAGAGCACAGUGGGCCGGAGGGCCGAGGGUGCCGAGCCUCUGUAUGUGACCAAGUUUGGCUUCCACACGGUGACAUGCUGUGGCUUCAUUCCACAGGUGAACGAGUGGCAGGAUGACUGGGCGACCUUUUUCACCCGGCACCGGCUCCAAGCACAGCUGGACCUCAUUGAGAAGGACUAUGCUGACCGGGAGGCACGAGAACUCUGGUCAAGACUGCAGGUGAAGAUCCCGGAUCUGUUUUGUGGCGUAGAGAUUGUCCCCGCCCUGCUGCAUGGGGAUCUCUGGUCGGGAAAUGUGGCUGAGGAUGAUGAAGGGCCCAUUAUUUAUGACCCAGCUUCCUUCUACGGCCAUUCUGAGUUUGAACUGGCAAUUGCCUUGAUGUUUGGGGGGUUCCCCAGAUCCUUCUUCACUGCCUAUCACCGGAAGAUCCCCAAGUCUCCAGGCUUCGACAGGCGGCUGCUGCUGUACCAGCUCUUUAACUACCUAAACCACUGGAACCACUUUGGGCCGGAGUACAGAAGCCCGUCCUUGGGUACCAUGAGGAAGCUGCUCAAGUAGCAGCAGGGGCAGGGAGCUCCUGAAUAAAGCCAGAGCGGGCUCUUGGGUCACAGCCGCCGCGUGCUGGUUCAUCUGCAUACUGCGUGCAGCUGGG